AUGGGAAACAAAAGGCGCCAGAGCUUUGAGCAGGAGUUUAUUGACUCGUUUGUAAGUGACGAAGUCAUCAACUGGAGAUUCGAUCCAAUUCUUCUUGAUGACAUACUCAGGACCCGGCUAGACCAGGAGUGA